GCGGGGCCUGGCCGGGCGCGAUUCCCAUCCCCCAAUGUCCGGGGAACCCCUGAAACCGGCCUCUCCUCCCGCCACCCUGUGCCAUUUGAAACCGGAAAGUCACCUUCUUUGGGCCUUCAACUUGGAGUCUGCUUUCCAGAACAAAGGCUGAAAAGACAUCGUCUUGGCGAUUGGCGCAGUGCUGGCCUCGCAGAGCAGCCCCGACUUGGCUGGGGCGGCCUCAGCUGCUGCGCCUCCUGCCUGCCGGCCCUGCCCCGGCCGCGACUGGCCUGGGAGACCGAGCCUCCGUGCUCAUGGAGCUGCAGCCCCACGCCGCGGGCCUCCUCCCGCCGCAGCUCCUCCGCAGCCUUCGGUCGGGGUCAGCGGGUCUGCCCGCCCAUGCCACCCUGCCGGCGUGCACUCGCAGUCCCAGUUGCUUUUAAAAGAAGGCGAGGUCCAUUCUGCACGGUUUUCCUCCAGCUCUGCAAGCUUGUCAGGGAGCCCUCCGUGGUCUCUACUGCUUGGGCUCUGCCUGCCUCCCUGGAGACUGACCACAGGGAGGGCUAUCAGUCCCCAGCGUGCUUUCUAUUCAGAAUCAGCAAGAAAGAAGAGCCCCACAUUGCCACUUCUGAGCUGUGGCAGGGCCCGCAGUGCCCCUGCUCAGUCCCUGCCACGGAGCACGCGGGGCUCGCCUGGACACCCCCGGCCCACACGUUCUGCCUCCGUGGAGGAGAGGAGCCUUGCAGGACGGUGCAGGACACGAUGUUUCCACGGGGACUGAAGAGGAAGUGCAUGGACGCUGGAGAGGACGGGGAGGGCGCACCGGCUGGCCCGAGGCCGCCCCCCCACAGUCUGCAGCGGCAGUCGCUCCUGGACAUGUCCCUGGUGAAGCUGCAGCUAUGCCACAUGCUGGUGGAGCCUGACCUCUGCCGGUCGGUGCUCAUCGCCAACACGGUGCGGCAGAUCCAGGAGGAGAUGACCCAGGACGGCACGUGGCACGUGGCGGCGCCCCAGGGUGCAGGGUUCGACCGCCUGAUCUCCACCGAGAUUCUGUGCCGAGCGACACAGCAGGAGGGCGAGUGGCCUACUCCUGGCCUGGGCGAUGCCCACCCCCAGGGCCUAGUCUCCGAAAUUCCCGCAGGGCCCUCAGCACAGCCACCGGGCAGCGUCUGGGAGACGGACAGCCCUUGCCAGGACAGAGGCAGCGUCCAGAAGUCGCUUGGCCAGAUCUUCGACACGCUGGGGCACAGGCAUGCAGGCCCCAUGGGAGAGCUGCUCCCGGACCUGGACGGCCCCUACUACGACCUGGACGCCGUGCUCACGGGGAUGGUGGGCACCCCACCCGGCCGCGGCGAGGCCCUCGAGGGCUUUGCCCCGGCCCCUGGCCCUGGCUGCAAAGCCGAGCUGGGCGAGCUGGACCAUGUGGUGGAGAUCCUGGUGGAGACCUGAGCCGUGUGGCCCGCGGGGCUGCAGACAGGGCCGGGGCCUGGGCUGCCCACACACAGCUGUGUGGUCCUGGCAGACGCAGGGCAGCUGUCCCGGAGCAUGCCCCAUGAGGGUGGCCAGCCAGAGACGGCCUCGGCGGGCUCGGCCUGGGCCCAGCGUCCCUCUGUGUCCAGGCCACAGCCACUGUGGAAAGUGGUAGCCAACCUCAUUUAAAUUUAGAUAGGCGCAUUUUAUAUGUUUUGUAAUAUUUUAUCUUAAGAUAUAUUUUUCCAACUUUUUAUACUUUACUUCUCUAGAUUUUUUCAGCUAUUUUCUUUAAAGUAUAUUUUUUCUAUGAACAUUCUCUGCUGCUCCCUGAGAACGUCGAUAGCCUCACCACCGACUGGGUCAGGUUUGUCCCCCGAGGUCUGAGCACGAGGCUUUCACAGCCAGCCUCACGGCGUGGGGUUUUACCCCGGACAUGCGUGUGGCCUCUGUGCUCCCAGCACAGAACCGUGCGGUGGCUCUGUGUUCCGUCACUAGAAGACCUGCGUGAGCCUUGCCUUCUGCUCCACAUGUAAAUGGGGUUAUUUGUGUGGAAACGCCACUGGGGUGCGAGUCAGGUGCUCCCUAUUGGGCGCCGUGGCGCAGUUGGGUGGCUCGUCACCUCGCCACCUGUCAAGCCCCGCCAAUGCCUGCUCUGGGUGCGGGUUGCACCUGCCGUGGUGCGUUGGGACCGUGCGGGUGCCAGUGCUGCUGGGUCCCAGGUGUGGGCGCCCGCUCUGUUAACGUUAAAUUUAAGUCUGGGCAGAAGAGAGUCAGUCUGACUCACAGCCCUGAAUCCCGAGGGCCACUGCUGCGGGGCAUGAGCUGGGCCUGCGGCCUGAGUGCCCGUGAGGCCUGUCCUGAGGCUAGGCUCCUGCCCCGCGCCCACCCCAUGCGCCGUGGCUGUACCCCCGCUGUACCCAUUCUCGCCAACGUUCUGCCCCUUUUAAUAAACACCCCACUUCAUCGCAGUUGCCCCGGACCACAGGGGUGUGCCGCCCACUGC